AUGCUGGGAUGGAAAAUGUUACGACGAUUAAAUGUUCCAAGUAAUGCUCGCUUUAUCCAUCUCUCCAGUACAUUAUCAUCUCCAUUGUUGGUUCCAUUCUCAUCAAUACCACAAGAAAAUCUCGGGCAUCCAAUUUUAUAUCGAAAAUCUAGAUGUGGAGAGACCACGUCAACUGACACACUAGAAUUUGGGAUCAAAUGUGCUAAGGUAAUGUUUUCUGAUGUAAAAUGUAAUCUUUAUUUAGUUGUGUUCGCUAGGGAGCUCUGCCGCAGGCCUUAUAAUGAUCCCCGUUCUUUCGUCACAGAUAGUUCAAGGAGCGGCAGAGAAGCCCGCUCUAAUGACAUUUCUGGUCAUCUCGAAUGCUUUCUUGGCCCUUCUGACUUUCACUCCUCUUCUCCUGCACGCUCUCGCCAAGAGAUUCGUCUGCGAUGUCUACUACAAUCCAAAAACGGAGACAUUUACAACUGUUCACUACAACUUUUUACUCAGAAAGAGGGCUCUUCAAUUCAAAGCAUCUGAUGUUGUAGUUGCGGAGAAGGCGGAGGCCAUGCAAAAAAUGUGGAUUCCCUUGGCCACCUGUUUUGUUGGGGAUUAUCCCAUGAUCUUAUUGCUGGAUCCACUCCAAUAUAGCGAUCAAGAAGCGUACCAACGGCUCACCUAUAACAUCCCACCGCCAGAAGAGACUAAGUCAACAUGA